AUGGAAGACGUGAUCGCUUCUCGUGUGGAGCUUGAUGAAGGCACUGUCAGACCCCCGCGUUACGGUGUCCCUCCCCCUGAUGGAGCUGUGGCCUUCAUCACAGGAUCAGCUGCUCGUCCCAGUAGUUUAUUGUCAAGUCGCGGGGGAUCACGAGGCUCUACAUCGGCUGAACUCGAGUCCAGAUCGUCGUUUCUCAUUGCGGCUGUGGCGGAGAACCGUGCCCGUGAAAUAGGGAUCUGUGCAAUUGACUUGGUCUCGCCGUAUGAGCUGCUGUUGUGGACGGUAAUCGACUCGCACUCGUACGUGGACACGGUGGCACUGCUAAAAGCUUAUCAGCCCGUGGAAGUUCUCGUCGUGGAAACGUCCAAAUCUGGCAAAGUCAAUGAAGAGAUCUCCAAGCGCUUCACCGGGUCGAAAUGCCGAGUUGUUCCGCUUGCGCGGAAGUACUUUGAUCAGACCAAGGGAGCUGAAGAUAUCAAACGCGUGAUGGCAAACAACGUCGAUAUCAACAUUGGACGGAACUACGUCGUCAUGGCCUCAGUGGCGUGCGUGAUGAAAUACAUCGAGUACAUCCAAGGUGUCUACAUCGCAGAGAAGAGCAUGAAGGUUGUGCUUAGCCCAUCGACACGCAAGCUGCUUAUGGACCAAGCAACAGUUUCCUCCCUCGAGUUGGUGCAAGGCACGCGAGGAAGAAACGACAACCAGUCUCUGUGCAAGAUGCUCAACAAUACACAAACCUCUGCUGGAAAUCGGCUAUUAAGGUCAACGAUGCUGCAGCCAACAUGCCACCUGAAGACAAUGUAUCCCUCUGCCUAUAACCAGGCACGCCAAGAAGUUGUUGGGAUUUUCCUUGACAACCCAGCCUGGUUUUUCGAUGUUAUGGAAGAGCUGAGUGGUUUCGUUGACUUGGAUCGGCUACUGAACCAACUCGUGUUUGUUCCCAAAGUUAUCACCCCUCGUGUUUCAAGAAUCGCCAUAGGCAGUGUAAUUGCGCUCAAGCACACACUAGAAUGUCUGCCAAGGUUGGUUUCGAGCUUGGAAACAACCUCGAUAAAGCUGGAUCAACCCUGUCCGCUGCUCGACUCAGUAAUUCAAAGUUUGCGCGAUGAGCAAUUCACAUGGAUUAAGGAAGACAUUGAGCGUGUUGUAAACGACAGGGUGAAAGUUUGCACAUCUGCAGCGCAGAAGCGCAUACAAGAAUGCUUUGCUGUCAGAGCAGGUGUCGAUGGUAUGCUUGACGUCGCACGGCGAACCUACCUUGACACAAUCGAAAAGAUCCACGAAGUUGUACACAUGUACAAGGAAAAUCUCGGGAUUCCCAUUCGGAUCAAUUACACCGCAAGAAGGGGCUAUCAUUUGGCCGUUCCGGUCAAUGCCAAAGAUUUACCUGCGAGCUUCAUCGAGAGAGUGACAACGAAAACUGUGAUAUGCUGCUCCACCAAAGCGCUUGUUUCACUCAAUGUGAGGCUCAAGGAAGCACUCACCGCAGUCUAUAAGCUGUCCAAUGAUGUUAUCCAGCAGCUCCUCGACAAAAUCCGUCCUCGAGCUUCAACCAUGCAUGCGAUGGUUGAAAGCAUCGCACUGCUGGAUAUGCUUCUCAGUUUUGUGAACGUCGUUGCUCUCUCACCUCCAGAUCAGCCAUACACACGACCGAUUGUCACUGAGCAUGGAAACAUGAUCAUAAAAAAGGGUCGACACCCGCUCGUUGAGCGUGUUCUGAAAGAUCGAGCAUACAUCCCUAGCGACUCCUUUUUCGAUCCCUUGAGCACCUUCCACAUCAUUACUGGCCCGAAUUGCGCAGGGAAGUCAACAUACUUGCGGGCAACAGCACUUAUAACAAUUAUGGCUCAGAUGGGGUGCUACGUUCCAGCUUCCGAAGCUUCCAUUCCGAUUCGGGAUCGGAUCUGUACCAGAUUCGGGACAUCAGAUGACAUGGAAGAAAAUGCCAGCACGUUUGCUGUCGAGAUGACCGAGACGGCUUUCAUCCUGGAAGCAUGCACAUCGAAAUCUUUGGUUUUGAUCGAUGAGCUGGGUCGAGGGACUGCCAACGAUGAAGGUGCUGCGAUUGCAUGGAGUAUCGGCGAAGAGUUAAUUGAACGAGGAUCGUACACGUGCUUCGCAACUCAUUAUCACCAACUGAAUCGCCUCGCUCAGCUGUAUCCUCGCUGUCGAUGCUACCACAUGGGGACCGAAUCAAACACGAAUUCUGUGCACUUUCGCUACGUAUUAAAGGACGGCCCAUUCCCAUCAAGUGGUAUGUACGGCAUCAAGACUGCUGCGCAGAGUGGAUUGCCAGCAGAGCUGAUCCGCGAAGCAGAGCGGACCUAUGAGAAGUUGCGAAAUGACAGUGAGGCUACUGAGAAUUCGGCCAACCUAGAUCCGGCAGCCAAUAGUGCCAACAGAAUCAACAGAAACCUUCUGCACCAUUUGUAUGUGCUUCGAUACGCAGACCUAGACAACGCAGGUCUUCGGCGUCAGCUACAGUAUCUUCGAACCCGGUUUCUCGCCCCGACCGCAGAAAACGAGUGAAUACCCUCGUUUCACUCUCAAAACGUUCUACAUCAUUAUUGCUCCUCACCCGCGAAUACACAUUUCUUGGAACCAGCGAGGCAGUCACAAUGUCGGCUUAAAGUAUCCUCCAUGGUGUAUCUCAGCUCUAGAUAGUGCUGGAUGUGGCAGUUGUGAGCGCAUCCAACACAAACCGUG